AUGUCCCGUGAUACACCAGAUCUGUUGUCAUCCUCGUUAUCAUCAGCAACUCCCCACUAUCACCCUCAUAAACAUGACAAGAAAAAGUCAAUGCUACAUUAUUUCCAACUAAUUAUUCGAUCUAUAACAUAUGAUUUAGUAUUGUUCUUUUUUGACUGUGUUAUUCAUACAUUUUUCCGUGAUAUUCGUAGUACAGGAAACUUUAACAUUCCCCAAGAAGGUCCUGUUAUAUUUGUCAUUGCUCCACAUCAUAAUCAAUUUGUUGAUGGAUUAGUGGUAAUGACAAAAGUGAAGGAGAUUCUGAACCGAAGAAUUGCCUUUUUGAUUGCCAAAAAAUCUUAUGAUCGAAUGGUUAUUGGUCAAGCUGCCAAACUUUGUGGAUGUAUUCCUGUUGAACGAGCUCAAGAUUUUUUAAAAUUGGGACAAGGUAAAGUUUUUGUUGACCCAAAUGAUGACUGUGUUUUAAUUGGUGAAAACACUGCAUUCACAAAACAAUGUCAGAAAAAGGGGUUGAUUGGAUUACCGAAUUCAUUGGGUAAUUGUCAAAUUGCUAGUAUUGAAGAUGAUACUCAUUUAACCUUGACAAAACCAUUUGGCUCAAAAAAUUCAGAAAUUCAAUCCAGAAUUGAUAAAGCCUUUCGUGAUGGUACAUCUUUUAAAAUAGCCCCACAUAUUGACAACCACGUGGUGUUUGAAAAUGUGUUUAAUCAUUUGAAUGAUGGUAAUAUAUUAGGAAUCUUCCCUGAAGGGGGUUCUCAUGAUCGACCUGAUUUGUUACCAUUAAAACCGGGAGUGGCAAUUAUGGCACUUGGUGCCAUUGCACAGCAAAUGGAAGAAUGCGAAGAGAACGAUAAUAAUGGCAAGGAACAAAAAGAGAUACAACCUAUAAGUGUUGUUCCAGUUGGUUUAAACUAUUUCCAUCCAAAUAAAUUUAGAUCCAGGGUUGUUAUAGAAUUUGGAAAACCAAUUGUGGUUGAUCAAUCUAUGGGGAAGGAGUACAUGGAACACCAUAGAGACACAGUGGAUAAAUUGUUGAAAGUGGUGACAUUUGGAUUAAAACAAGUAACUCUCACUUGUGACGACUACGAUACAUUGAUGGUGUUACAAGCAGCAAGAAGGUUAUACACUUCGACCAAUAGAGAACAGAUCCCAUUACCAAUGGUUGUUGAAAUGGACCGAAGAUUAAUCAAAGGUUACCAGCAGUAUAAGGAUGAACCUGAUGUCAAAAAAUUGAGAGAUGCCGUUUAUCAUUAUAAUCGUACUUUGAUGAGGUUAAAUUUGCAUGACCAUCAAGUGGAAUCAUUGGAUAAAUUUGAUAAGUUGAAAACAUUUCAGAUGUUUGUCAGUAGGUUUUUCAAGUUUUCGUUAUUCAUGGGAUUAAGUUUACCUGGUAUAAUUUUAUUCAGUCCUGUUUUCAUAACUUCAAAGAAAAUUUCUGUAAGGAAAGCAAAAGAGGCUCUUGCUGCUUCUCUGGUCAAGAUUAAAGCUAAGGAUGUGAUCAGUACCUGGAAAAUUUUGGUUGCAUUGGUGUUGGCGCCAGCAUUGUAUAUUUUUUAUUCAGUUAUUGGAACGUAUUUGAUUGUCAAGCUGCAAAUAGUUCCUCAAUUGUCAACAAUAAUCAUAUUUAUUAUUUGUUAUGGCUGGGCAGUUUUAACUACUUAUGCUUCAUUGAGAGUUGGCGAAAUAGGAGUUGACUAUUAUAAAUCGUUGAAACCGUUGUUUAUCUCAUUAAUUAGCUAUGAGAAAGACCAAUUACAAAUCAGAGAAUUGAAAAAGACAAGAGAAGAGUUACGUCAACGUGUUAAUUUGUUUUGCAAUAAUUACGGUCCUGGGAUGUUUCAGGAUUACGAUGAGUUUUAUCGCAACUAUAAUCAAAUGGAAACAGAGACGGAUUAUGAUGAAUUCAAACAGUCACAUAAACCAUUGCGUCGUCAAAAUAGUUGGACUUCUAUGGAUUUGACACUAAACAAUUUAUCGGAUAUUCCCAUCUUUUCAGCUGCAGAUUUGGAACAAUCCAAUGAUAUAUCCACAUCAGAGCUGUCUGACGAAGUGAAUGAUGAAAAGGAAGUCGAAGUCGAAGAUGUAGGUGACCAUUCAAAUGAAGUGAGUGUGCGUCUUAGAAACGCUAUUAGAGAAAGACGACAGAAUAGUUUUUGA